GAGGAGCCGGCGUGCAGCGCUAGCAACAGCCGCGCGGGGUGCGCAUCGCGCCCGCGCCUCUCCCGCCCGGGAUGGACUGAGCCGCGCCGGUUGCCCGCGCCCAGUCUGUCCUGCCUUCGCCGGUCCUGCCACGCCGGGCUCCCGGCGUAGGACACCGCCAAACCCGUUCGCCGCGGACCGCCCCGGGCCGGCAGCCGCGCAGGGGACAUGUCUGGAGGCCGGAGGAGGGGCGGCGCCCCCUGGCACACCUUCUCCCGGUUCUUCGCUCCCCGAAGCCCUUCCCGGGACAAGGAAGAGGACGAGGAGGAGAGGUCGGGGACGAGCCAGCGGCCCGCUCCAGGCCAGGGCGCCGCCAGUGUUGAAAAUGAGCCCAUGAGCACAAGUCAGAAAAAGGAAAAUGCGCUUUCAUCAGAAGCAGUAAAGAUUCCCCAAAGUGAGCACAAAAGGAACCAUGCUGAGAAGCUAAUCGCUCUUCCAAUGCAGGAAGAUCCCAAAAAGCCAAAUGACCUCUCCCGCUCCACUUCAGACACCAAAAUAGGAGAAAGUGAUAGGCAGCCGAAGGAAAGCUUUUUUCAGUUUCUUGGUAACUUAUUCAAUAUCUCAGGAAAAUCAUCUCUUGGUGAUGCCAAGCAGUCUUCUUUCAAGGAUGACCAUGACAAAACUGAGAAAGAUUUACAAAAUCCCAGUGACCGUCCUGAGGAAGGGGUCAAAGGAGAAAGGGAGAUUUUCGGUGGCUCCCUGGGAACCCAGGCACUUCCAGCAGAAGAACCGGAGUCCAACUCAGCAGAGCCCUCAGAUUCCUUUUCUUUGGAUACAACACAAGACAGUGAACAGGAAACCAGUGAUUUACUAAAACAACUGGAUAAUAAUCCAGAGAGGCCUUCCGUAACAUAUGCAACAUAUCGAGGCCCCAGACAAAUUAGGAAAUAUUUGAAGCACCAGAAUGCAUUGGAAACUGUGAAUCCCUUGGACAGAGAAAAUGAAAGUUCUGACUCUAGUACAAGCAUCCAUAUUGGCCCUGGAAGUGACAUUGAGGCUAGGAUGGUGUCGUUGUUGUCAUCAGCUAGUACAGACAUAUCUGUGAAAGGACAUUUGCUUGAAGGCCUGUUAGAAGACUCUGAUUGUAGCAAAAUAAAUGUUAACACAGAAAACCAUCUGACAAACCAUUUAGAAUUGCCCAAUACUGCUGCUUCGACGAAUGUGUUAAAUAAAAAUGAUCCUGGGGGACCUGUGAGAAGUAGGUCAUCCCCUUCUUCUGUGACUAACUUCAGCUCCACUGCCAGUGAAUCUGACUCACGACACCAUUUAAGUUGUGCACCAGUUUCUCAGACUGACAGAAAUUUGGUAUGCUCAGCAUUGUUUACAGGAAGUAACAGUAGCAGAGUUCCUUGCAGUGCAGAUUUUCAGGGGAUAACUACAGCGGAAACUACAAUAAAGGAAGACAGCUCAGUGAUGAGUGAUGGGACAUGGGUGCAAAGAGAAGCACGUGUUGAGCAUGAGAGCCCUGCUGUUUCUGACUGCUCUUCUAGUAAACCUGAUGGGAGUGACACUACCAAACAGGGCAGUGCAGAUUUGCUGAGUCCAAAUAAGUCAAUUAUGCAUGAAGAUCUGCAGUUGCCAGAGAGUAAGUGUUCUGACAAGCAAGCUGUUGAUAACUCAGCCAAGCAGGCUGCCAGUCAUAUCAGCACCACGGCUCUUCAGAGACAUGCUGUGACAGACACAGAACCUGUAAAUGAAGGAAAUAGACUGUCUUCCCAAGACUCACAAAAAAAUUUGGCUGCUACAAAAAUCAGACAAGAAACAGAAAGCACCUUGGUUAGUGAACCCACAACUUCAAGUCACGUAAAAGCUCCAGAAGGUACAAUUGAGCCACUACCCAAAGAUAUUGACCAGUUGUUUGUAACGGAACCCAAAAGGUCCAGUUUUAGGCCACAAGGCAAAAUGCCUCAUGUGGUUAGAAUAAAUCAAAACAACCCUGCCUCCGGGGAACACAUCAGCCAAUCAGCAGUUGUAGCGUGCUUAGAAAACAGAAUAUCCCCUAAGCUGAAUUUUGAACCUAACAGAAAUCACAUUUCAGAAUCUCAUCUGGACUCUGAGAGUCUUCAACAAACCAAAGUAUCACCUGAUGUCAGAACAUCUCUUAUCCUUGACAGUACAAAGUCAGAUUUCAGUAUUUCAUCUCCUACAUUUGUUUCCAGGGUUGGUAUGCUGAGCAAGUUAGAUACUCCUGUUACAAAGGAUGAGUGUUCUGUGCUCACUGAAACUGGGGAUGUCAGCAUUGUUGGUAUUUCCAGUCCGCCUGGUAAAUGUCAAGAAGAAAAUGUGGCAAAUCGUGUUGAGGCAAUAAACGGGAACGGUACUCCUGCUUGUCUUCAUCUGGAGCAUGGAUCUGCAACUCUUGAAUCCAAGGAAGUUCUUCCGAAAGGUGAAAAAUGCCAGGUUGGAGUUGACUCGAGAUUGGAGUGUGAAAGCCUCUCUGAGGACAACAGUUCCAUUUCACCUCAAGGCCCUGCUAAAGCAGAAUUGAUGUGUUCAAACGCUAGAGCAAGUAAGAGCACUACAGAGAAGUCUGGUUCUCUUUCCUUGGAAACCAAACCUGACAUUGCGAAAAUUUUAUCAAAGGUGGAAGCUGAUGGUCAGAACGGUGUUCCUGUUGAGUUGCAUUCUGUAAGAGAAGAAACUGUAGCCAUCUCCAAGAUCACUGUUUCCCAAACAGAGCCUAGAGAUAUUUCUCAGGAUAAGAUUUCUUCUCCAUUUGAAGUUACAGAUGUGUCAGGAAAGCUUAUUUUAUCAGAAUUAACUUCCCUAGAGUCUGAACAGGACAAAAGUUUUCAAUCAGUGGAUCAUGAGGAGAUUAAAGAGAAUUGUCAGACUGAGGUAUCUCUUCCUGCCUCCAAAUAUCAAGGUUUUCCGGAAACAGAGGCAAAAGCCUUAGUUUAUCCUCCUGCUUUUUCCAAAGGUAAUAUAUCUGAGAUUUUACCUCCUGUUCAUGACAAAAAAGCUACUAGGCAAAUGACACAGAAUUAUGAGGCCAAUACCUAUGUGAUUCAUCAACCUUCACAUAUUUUUGAGACUAGAAAGAUUUCUGGUUUCUCAGAAAUGGCAAAAUUCAACUCAACUAGUGCUUCCCCACAAUUCCAAGAAGCUGACAGCACACAAGUAAAUUCACCUUUUCUGGAAUCUGAUAAAAGUUUGGGGAAAAAUGCUUUUGUAUCUGAGAAUUCACACUUUCACAAUGUUCCUGUGCUGAAAUCAGAAAAGAAAGCCUUAUCUCACAGAAAAAAAGAGAAUACUCAUUCCCUAAGUGGUAGUAUUGAUAGUGUGUCUUCCUCUGGUAGCUCUGAAGAAGUUAGCAUGGUUUUAAGUUCACAUAGUCACCAAAAUAAUUCCAGUUCUGUAAAAGUUACCAUAGAUGCCACACAUGAAGGUGCCUCUUUAACUAACCUGCUGCGCCCUAAUAGCCCUUAUUUGGAAUUUGAAACAUCUGUCCCAACAGGGGCGGAAGUGACCCCUUUUCAAGAACAUUUUGGGACUCCUACUGGGAAGGUGUCUCUCGAUUUCCCAACUGCUGCCCAAUUUGAUAAUCCCAUGGAAGCAGAGACUGGAGCAGUUGCUGGGGCUCCGACGUCAGUUAACAGCUCAAGCCAGCAGUGUUCUGAAGCCUCUGCUGAGCACACAGAAGCAAGGAGAAGAGUCCAUGACCAACUUUUGGACCUCAAAAGUGGUUUAGUUAAAAAGGCUGAUACAUUGAUUGGUGAAAUUUUUGUUUCUGUCAGGGAAGAAUUAAAAUCCACACACAUAGUUGAUACCUGCCAAGAGCAUAUAGCCAUAGAUGGCAUAAUGAAUUCAGGUACUCUGAAAGAAGAUGUUCCUGAGAAAAACUCCUCAGAAGUGACACUGGCAGGGAUCCAGCUAACAGAGCAUUUGGAAGAGCAGGGCAUGGAAAACAGGUCAGAUGUCCCAGGGGAAGAAAAGGUCUGUGUUUCGCUUACAGCUGGUGAGAAGAGUCUCCUUUUUGAUUCUGAUAGAAUGAAUUUAUCUUGUUUGUUAGAAGAUCAAGCUAGGGAAUUAGUCAAUGAGAUUAUUUUUUCAGCCCAAGAAAAUUUGGCAAAUGAUGCUUUUGAAGAUACUGAGGAUACCUGGGAUUCUGAACUUCAGGCUAAUACUUCACAAAUUCUGAACAGUGAUAGUGUUAAGCCGCAUGAUACAUUAAGGGAUUUCUUGGUGUCUGAACAGGCAGUAAAUCAAAGCACAUGUGAAAUUAAUGAAAAUAAAAUAUUAGGUAGGUUCUUCUCUGUAAGUAACUUAGUUAAGGACGCAGAGUCAAUUAAAGGAAGAGAAAUUGUUCUCUACCAAGAAUCCCCACUUUCUGGAAAUAGAGCUGGACAGGCUGAUAGGAUAAAUUUGUGGGAAUCAGAUGCUGUUUUACUAGCUGAAGAUACACCCCAUAAAGGGUUAGAUGAUAAGGUAAAAACACAUUUAUUUUUCAAAGAGGACUCUAAAGAUAAAGUGGAAAUAGCGUGUAUGGAUAAUCACAAAACAGGGACAGAGGAUACAAGAACUCUUGUAUUAAAUUUCAAAUGGCCUCCAUUUGCAAAUGAUGACAUCCAUGUACCCGGGACAUCCAAGAACAGUUUUUCUGAUAGUCUUGUGUGUAUAUCUGAAAAAGGCUUGCCAGGACAGAGUAAUAAAAACACACUCUUUACAAUGUCAGAAGUAGGGAAAGUACACAAGAAAGAUAUGGAAGUAAAUAUAAGAAAAAUGGAGCUUAGAUCUCCCAUGUUAGAAUUGGAAAAAAACAAAAAGGAUGCUGAAUUGAAUAUUAUGAAAUAUGAGGCAGCCCCUCCUAUGUUAGAAAUGGGAAGAGCACAUAAAAAGGAUGCCAAAUUAAAUGUGAUAAAAACUGAGCCAACAGCUGACAUUUUUAAAGUGGGAGAAAUACACCAAGUGGAUGCUGAGAGGUAUAUUGAAAAAACUGAGGGAUUACCUGCCAUUUUAGGAAUGAAAAAAGCUUAUAAAAUGAGGGAUAUCGAAGGAAAUCUUGGCAAAACUGACAUGAUGCCUAUUAUUUCAGAAGUGAAAAAUACCUACCAAAAAGAUGCUGAGGUAAUUACUGGAAAGACUGAAGUGAUGCCUGCCACAUUAGAAAUGGAAAAUAUUUACCAAAAGGAUGCUGAAGGGGAUAUUGCAAAGACUGAGGUGAUACCUGUUGCAUUAGAAUUACAAAAUAUUUACCAAAAGCAUGCUGAAGGUGAUGUUGGCAAGACCGGGAUGACCUCAGUUAUGUCAGAAAUGGAAAAUGUCUACCAAAAAGACUUUGAGGGGGUUACCGAAAAGGCUGAAGUGAUCCCUGCCACGUUAGAAAUGGAAGAUAUUUACCCAGAGGAUGGUGAAGAGGAUAUCACAGAGACUGAGGUGAUACCUGUUACAUUAGAAAUGGAAAAUAUUUACCUAAGUGAUGCUGAUCUGGACAAAACUGAGGUUAUGCCCAUUACGUUAGAAGUGGUAAAUGUCUACGAAAAAGAUGCUGAGGGCAUCACUGAAAAGACUGGAAGACCUUUGUUGGAAAUAUCUUACCAGAAGGAUGCUGGAGAGGGUAUUAGGAAAACUGAAAUGGUACCUUUAGUGUUAGAAGUGAAGGAAGCACACAAGAAGGCAGUCCCUGCCGCCUUAGAAGUGGAAAGGGCAUGUAAGACAGAGGAUAAAGAGGCAGUUGGAAUGAGUGUGUCUAUGCCCUCUCCAAGAGAAAUGGAAAGACUGUCUCCAGAAGAUUCUGAUGAGGCUAUCAGGAAACACAAAGUAGUAUCUACAGUGGUAAAUGUUAAGAAAACCUAUGGAACAGGUCUGGAAUUGCCUAUUACACAAGCAGAGGCUGUGCCUCCCAUAUUUGAAGCCGAAAAAACAUCCCAAGAGCCUGGUGGAGAGAGUGUUGGAGAAAUAGAGAAAGGACCCCCUGAGAGAAAGGAAGGCUUGAUAGCGUGUGACAACAGACUAGCCUCAUAUUUCAGGGGAUAUGAAUCACCUACAUUAAGCAAGGAUUAUGAAGGCUACCCAGCUUUAGCAGUGCCGGAUUUUCGACCCAAGGAUACCAUGGGAAAGCUAGACAAAAGAACAUCUGUUACUGCAGUAGAUAACCAAAUAAGAGAUGAUAAUUAUAGUGAUGAAAAAGAAGAAUCUAAUUUAGCCUUCAUUUCUCAGGAUGAACAAGAAAAUUCUUCCUUUACUAUAUUAUAUGACGAACCCCUUCAAGAUGAGGACAGGUGUGCUACCCCAGAAGUAAGAACACACACUCUGCUGUUUCCUGAUACAUCUACUGACAGCAUGCCUGUAGUCACAUGCGAGAGGUCUGAGAGCAGAACUGACCUCGUCCAUCAUUUUGAAAAGGACACUAAAUUAGGUGAGACAUUUGAUAGUGAUAGUUCAGAAUCAUUCUUAUCAGUGGAGGCCAAAAGGUACAAAAUUUAUCCCUUAGCUUUGUCUCCCAUUUAUGAGGAUGACAGCUCUCAGGAGGACAUUCUGUCCAGCGAGGUCUCACCUGGUCACCAUGGCUCCACAAAAUCAAGAGAGAAUGCAAACCAGCCCUCUUCUGUUUUAUCCCUUCUCCAGUCAGUAUCAGAGCGUUUAAAGAUGAAUUUUGAUGAAGACAGACAGGGGAUAGAGGCAGAGGAGGAGGAGGAGGAGGAGGAGAGGGAGGAACCAUUACAUAAAGGAAGCCUGAGACCUAGGAGGAAGGAAACCAUUACUUUGAAGCUGCCAGACCCUUCCAUCACGUUUUAUCCUGAUGAUGACCAGGAAAGGACUGGAAUCUCUAAGAAUUCAUACGUAAUGUCAAAUGAACCUACUACCUCUAAUCCUCAAGUUGGUCUGUGGCCAGAAAAGGCUUCAUUUCUACAAAAAUCUGACCUUACUUCUAAACUACAUUCUUCUUUAAAGAGUGCUUAUCAUCAGUAUUUGCAUACUUCCAAAACCCACUCCUCAGACAAAGGAGCCAGAUUUGGUGGACUUUUUCAGGAACCAGUGUCAAAAUAUUUCCGUGCUCAGGACAUCUCAGGCAGAUUAAGCCCAUUCACAGAGAAUGUUGACAAACAAAUUCUGAGGUGUAACCCGAGACCUGGGAAGAUGGUUAUCUAUGAUCUCCAUGGAAGUAAAUACAAGCAGGAGAUCUACUGUAAUAUUCCUGAUGCUACAUCAUGGUCCUUUCCGAAUGGGAUACUGAUAAAAGUUGUAAGGGGCUGCUGGAUUUUAUAUGAGAAGCCACAUUUCCAGGGUCAGAAAUGUGUGUUGGAAGAAGGGGAAAAGGUGUUAAAUCGUGACUGGAUCCUUCAGAACAGAAAACAUCCACCAAGAGACUUUGUAUUGGGUUCUAUCAAACGUGUCUUAAAGGAUUGCAGCAUUCCAGAGAUAGAACUUUGCCCACAGUCUGACCCAGAAUAUUGUCCUAUCCAUAUACAGCGAGCCAUCCCCAAUUUGGAAGAGCUGAAUAUCCCUAAAUCUGUGUCCUUCACUGUGAAGUCAGGAGUUUGGCUUGCCUACCCAGAUAUUAAUUUUAAGGGAAAAGCUACAGUUUUGGAGGAAGACCAUGGACUCUUUGAGAUUUCUGCAACAGAAAUUAAAUCAUUGCAUCCACUUCAGAUGGGUGGACUAAAAGUGGAAAUGCCUAUGAACCUAAAGGUUAUUAUUUAUGAAAAACCUCACUUCUGUGGACAGGCCAGAGAGUUUAGUGAACACAUAGAUUCUGUCCCUAAGUUCUUAAAAAAUAACGGGGAUUUUCAUGGAAUUGGAUCAAUUCGUGUCAUCGGUGGAGUGUGGGUUGCCUAUGAAAAAGAACAUUUUAAAGGCCAGCAAUUCUUGCUUGAAGAAGGAGAUUUUGAAGACAGUAAUGCCUGUGGAGCAUUAAGUGGCCCCAUCUUGUCUUUCCGUUUCUUACAAGCUAAUUUUAUAGAAUCCUCUAUCACACUAUUUGAAUCUGACCUAGAAAGUGGGAAGUUUAUUGACAUUACAAAUCAGGAAAUUUCUGACUUGGAAGAAAUCGGCUUUGGCAGUGAAACCAGAUCCAUUCACGUUAAAAGUGGCGUAUGGGUUGCCUACCAGCAGAAGUUCUUUUGUGGAGAACAGUACAUUUUAGAGAAAGGAAAAUACAAAUGCUUUUUUGACUGGGGAGGAUCAAAUAAUAUAAUCAUGUCCAUACGACCUAUCCAACUGGAACCACUUGGAAUAAAUGAGCCUCCCCAUUUGCUCAAAGCAUUCAGUAAACCAGGGUUCCAGGGUGAAUGUGUAGAUUUUACAGAAGAAAUCUCUGAUUUGACUUCAUUCAGGCCAUGUUCUUUUAAAGUUCUUCGGGGUUGCUGGCUCCUAUAUUACCAAGAGGACAUUUCUAAUAAUCAGUGUGUAUUAGAAGAAGGCCUCUAUGCUGACCUUACUUCCUGUGGCUGCCCAACAUCUAGAGUUAAAUCCCUCAAGCCCAUUGACUAUGUUUUUGAAGAACCCUCCAUUAGCCUUUUUGCUCUGGAACACUGUGAGGGAAGAGAGUUACAUCUAGAAGAGGCUGUGAACUCUGUUCUAAACAAGGACCUGCACUUUUACACCCAGUCUGUGUGGGUAAAAAGUGGACUAUGGAUAGCUUAUGAAGGAUCCAAUUUCUUAGGAAGACAAAUCCUACUCGAGCCUAAUGAGAUCCCAAAUUGGACAGCAUUCAGUGGAUGGAAAACAAUUGGUUCCCUCCGUCCUAUGAAGCAGCCUGCAGUGUACAUCAGAAUAAGGAACCGGGCCCAGGACGAGUACCUGACCGUCACCGGCAAUGUCGCUGACACAAGGGCAACAUCUGUGUGCGUUUCCCCCUAUAGCGGCAAGACCACUCAGGUUUGGCACUACUGCCGAGGACUCUUCAAGUCCAAGGCCAGUGAUACAUGCCUGGAUGUGAUUGGUGGCCGGGACACACCUGGAGCCAAAGUGGCUCUAUGGACCGAACACGGACAGUUCCGGCAGAAGUGGAGGCUGAACAGAAAUGGAACCAUCAGCUCCUAUCUCAGUGAUCAGCUUGUCCUUGAUGUUAAAGGAGGAAAUUAUUAUGACAAGACUCAUGUAAUUGUAAAUCAACCCCUGGAGGGAGAAGAAACACAGAAAUGGGACAUUGAAAUAUUGUAAGAGAAUUGGCAACAUCUCGAGAAAGAGCAGAGGAGGAAGGAACUUCACAUCCCAUGGAGAGGAAGCUCCUUGUCCUCAGACUUCUCCAUCACUGAGCAGGUUUUCUCCCAGGUUCCAAACCAUUGUUGUUAACCGUGGAAAAGCUCAAAGUGUUCUUGCCAGCUAUUCAGUGUUCCUAUGAAGAACACAUGUUCUGAUUUCUGUGAAAGGUUCUAUUCCUGCUUGAUCUCCAUCAAGUGUGUGUUUUCUCUCCUAAGAUCCUCCUAGUAGAUGGGUGUGAGUGCUAAGCACAGGACAACAGAUUCCUUUAGGUCAAGUUGUACUUUUCCUAGAAGAUAAUUUUUUAGCAAUACCUGAAAACAUAUUUAAUAAGCCUUCCUAUUAAGCUGCUGUAUUUAGGUAAGCCUUAAAGGUUCUUCUCUAUUGAAGCUUUUAUAACAGAAGCACCUUAAGUAUUCAUACUUGUAACUGACCCCAGGGAGGACCUCAGCUUUGCUAGGAAAGAGGCUCAAGUACUGGCAUAUUUUCUGUGGCCACGCUAAAAAAAAAAAAAAGCACAAAUAACCUGUGACCAUCCUUUUCCUCUGUAGUAACAGGCACCCUUCAGGGUGGCAAGCCUGUAACCAGUGGUCACCUGUCCUGGUGCUGAGGCCUCAUCCUAGAUUCUGCCUGAUCUGCCCUCGAGGAGUGUUUAGUCACAGUUUUCUUUGCUGAAGUAAAUUUCAGAUGUUCAAAUGAAAACCCAAAUAGUAUUUGAGCCUUGACUCUACCAUUUUAUUUAAUUAAAUGACUGAAAACUCAGCUUUCCAUUUAUAAGCAAAAUCAGGUUGGAUAUCAAGUAAUGGUUACCACCUUUAAAAAUUAGUUCUUAGUAUUUUUUCCUCCUGAGUUGGUUUUAAACAAAUUGAGACAGCUGUCCCCCCUCAUCCCCAACUUUUACCAGAAAGCAAAAAACCACCUAUUUUUAUAUAGAUUCAAUCUGCUAGCAAUAUUUUUAAAUAUCCCCCUAUAAGCACUUUAGAAUAUAAAAUAACAGCGAAUUGUUUAAACACAAAGACGCGCUAUUUUGAGCAUUUUUUUUUUAUAGAGACUUGGUCUUUCCGUGUAAAUAUUGAGUUUUUUUCCUUCACUCUCAGGCUUUUUGUCAUCUUUGAAGCAGCGUUGUAAAACUCCCUUAAGCCCAUAGAUGUGAGUGCCUCUCAUUAGUUUGGCAGUAUUUAAUGAAACUUAUAGGGGUAAAUUUAUUUUAAUGGGGGGGUUAUGUAUACACAAAGGUAUGUAUAUUUUCAUUGUAAAAAAACAAUUUAAAAUUUCUUUAAUUGUUGAAAAGAUUUUUAUAGAGCCAGUGAAGCUCUUUAAAGAAGUUGUUUCUUCCAAAGAACAAAGCCAGGUAAAUGACAUUCAAAUUUCAGUGAUACAUUUAUUGGAGUUGUACCUUUUCUACCACACUGGAUUAAAGAAGUUUGUCAAAAGUA